ACCUCCCCCAUCUUUAAGGAGGCAUUGAAUUGACGUCUACGUACGGUCAAUAACAAUAUCGCAGAUAGCAUUAGUCCCGAUAUUUCUCACCCUCAAUCUUCGCGUCAUAUACACUGAGCAUUCUUGACCAAUGCCUAGUAAUGGCACGGCUCCGCAUCAAGAUCUUUCCACCCCGGGAUCUAACCACUGGUAAACUUUUCAUAGGAUUUAAUAGCAGUUGUCUGGAGAAUGAGCAGAACAUCUUUAACAACAUGUACAAACGAUGCCGACUAUAGCCCCCUGGUAAUCGCCAACUGUCGUUACUUAAGAGCCGUUGAGAAUAAAGGAGUGUGUUCAAGGCGAGUAUUUUCAAUGUUUAGGUCUAGGUUAUGGUGCUCAUUCGACAUAGCAGCGAACAGAAUUCAGAACAUCCUCCAUACUCAGAACAGAUCUUGUGGAACUAAUGAAAAUGCAGCGUUGACCGCCAAUCACGUUGUAUAUUACUUCCAUGAAACAAGAAUUCUGGUCAUAGAUUCGUUUGCGGCUCAAAACCAAAAUACCAAUCAUAGGAUUUCCCUGCUGCGCAAUGGUAGCGCGCAAGACUUCUAAGUGGAUGUUACAUCUACAUUUGAAUCAAUCUUGAGGCUGUAGGUUCGAGACCUACGUAGGGAGUUACCCUGAGUAACAGCGGCUUGAAUCCGUUGCUUGAAAUCUAUUUUUGCUUUUGCGAAUAGGGGUGUUUUACCGAUUUUUUGGAUAUUAGUGUCUAAUUUUGGUAUUAUCUAAUCCCCGCUCUGGUGGCUUAAUUUUCACAAAUACUACCGGUAUAAUCAUUUAUCUUCCAUCAGAGGAGUGCAUAGUAGUUAUGCACUUGACCUCACGACCAUUUGAUGUAGCUAUCUUUUCAUGAACGCCUGGAAUUAAACUUCUAAUACCAAACAAAAACUCUAUGUAUCUCAAUGUCGCAUUUUUCAUUGAGACUUUUUAGAACUAAAACAUUUCUUGUAGUCAGUGCGUAUAACCAUGCAGCCAUAAUGCAGCCAUCGCUAAAAGCCAUAGAGGUCCCUUGAUUUAUUUUGAAAGCCGCAACAUUCGCAAAUCUCUCACUGAAAAACAAAACAUUCAAUAUCAGAUUGGCCCCUAUUUCGGCAACUUUGAGCGAAUGCUGCCUCAUCCAAGUGGCUUUUGUUGCUGGUAAAGAUUGUUAGACAAUUAUUGGCAGAUUGAUACCAACAUCCGAGCCUACUCAAGACAACCAAGGGUUCUGGAACUAGUACUCAGCCCUGGUGCUGAAAUGUUUCUUCCCCGAAGUUUUUGCUAGGUUCAUGAUAAAUAUCGGUGCAUAUACGAAUUAGUGAAUCCUGGAGAUCAUCAGCGUCCAAGAGAUACAACGUUUCGCGUCUAAUUUCAGUGAUACGCCGGAGCAAAGGCGCCGAAUGUGCCUCACUGCCAUGUUCCAGUCUUUUGAAAUUUCAAUCGUUUUGAUACAAGGUGAUCCAUGGUGCGAAGGGAUUUAUUCAUCCCGCUUUCGACGGAGCAAACACAAGGAUUGUUUGUAAACCGUUUGUGUCCUACAUAUAAAUAAGUGUGGGAUAACUCAGUCAAUCUGACAAUAUUGGAUAAACGUCUAGAUACGACCAUCCAUUCACAUCUAAGAAUCUAUUGUACGAUCAUCUUCUGCACCUGUCAGAUUCACAUCAGGAAGUAAGCUCCUUACACAUUCACGGAGGCAAGAUGGCUGACCAAAGCCCUAGGUAAUGUCUUUCUUAAGUAGCGUUAUGCGUCUUCUGGACGCUGUCAUCAAUAGACCCCAUCCAGCCCAUCUUCCCCGUUCCAAUGCCGAAGUGAUUCAACUUCUCAAAGGCUUGAAGUCCAAGGAGGAGAUAGUCCGCUCGCAUGCCAAUUUCAUGGAACCAAUCAAAGAGCAGGAGGAGUUACGAAGAAUAUGCCUCUUUACCGAAGAGUGCUUGAUAUUGGUCACAAGUAUCGCUGAAUAUCUUAUCGAAUUUGCUUCUGGAGAUUCGCCGAUAGAAUCGGCGCGCGUGUGUGAAGCUUUAAGCAUCAUCUAUCAGGGAUUUGGCCAACUCGAGCCACUGGCAGACGAUUUCGAAGCGAGGCCCCAGCCGUUCCAAACGUGUUGCUUCGCAUACCUGGCAGGAUGCUUGAAAUAUUCCAUCCUAUUUCAACGACUCCUUUAUCCCGAAGACCAAUGCGAAUACCUUGACCUCCUUGCCGAACCCUUCAAGAGCAUCAACGGCUUUUCUCUCAAAAUAGAUAGCAUUCAGAAUUAUCCAAAACCCAAUUCACAGCAUAUAACACUAUAUAAUUGUAUACCACCUGAUGAUAAAAUACCCAUAUUUUGUUGGUUGCAAGAACAGCCGGGAAAGCCAGUCCGUCAACAAUACUAUCGGAACAAGAAUCCUUACGGUCCGAGACUCCUACGAAACAUGAACCACCCUUCGAAUCAAGCCUAUAUCAGGAAGAAAGGAUAUAUUCUCUGAUGGUGAACAUAAAUGGUAUGAGCCACUAGCAAUGUUUUUCCCUACUUCAAUUCACAAAAGGUGGCAAUUACAUGUCACGCAUCACCCGUUCAUGGCUGAUAUUAGAUUAUGGAGGCGCGAUCUGGAGGCACCCGUUGGAAACACAGAUACGAUCGCGUAGACAAAGCACAAGAUGAGGCGGAUUUCCUCCUAGGAGUUGGAAUAAUUAAUUAUGAGAAACACGUUAUAACAACGAUCCGAAGGAUGUUUACGACGGAAACUAGGGCAUGGGAGGAGGAUUAGCUUAUUCUUAUUAUUGAGCUUUGGAACAUUGUGAUUGAUUGAUAUUCUACAAAUACAAAAUAGUGAAUAAUUAAUAAACAUUCUGAACUAUAUCUACACGCCUGGUGUACUGUAUAAUUCCCAAACAUUCCAACUAAACCAAUGAUACUCUACCCAUUUUCCAGCCUAGCAUCACACAAAAUAC